GCCGUUGGAAACCUAGGUGGGCAUUAGGACCUAGCAGCAGCUGAUAACAUCGCGGGCGCCCGAACCGAGCAGUGAUUGUAACACGGUGGGCGCUAAGACCCAGCAGCUCGCGGUAAUCUCACGGGCGCCAAGACCCAGCAGCCUAUGGUAAUCUCGCGGGCGCCAGCACUGAGUAGCCGGUCAAUGACCUCGAGAGCGGCUGGACCAAGCAGUUGAUGGUGGUGACCUCGGCAGGCGCUUGGGAUCAACCUCCAUCAACAGCUGGUGGUAAUCCGGCGGGUAUCAGGACCUGGCGGUGCUCCCGCCUAGAGUCAGUCAAGUCCCCCUUAGAAGCGCCGAACUGUGUGCGAGGAUCCGGCUGCGUCGGAGCCACCGUUGGCCGCUUGCAGGUGCAUUUUGCAGUGUGUGUUUCACUUGAAACAAGGCUUGAGAAACUAUUGAUAACUGCUUCAUCUAUGCUGCUUCACAUCUAGUUUGAGUGUUCACCUACUCAGGCAUAUACAGUAAAUUCCAGAAACAGUUGAAUCAAUGAAAGACUGCGCCCAACAGGAUGGUCAAACAACCAGUGUGCAAAAGACAGCAAACUCUCAAAUACAAAAAAAAGCAAUAACUGUCGAGAACAUGAGAAGAAGAGUCCAUGAAAUCAGCAGCAUUGGCAUAGAAUCAGCUCGUCCCCAAAGCCUUGGAACCCCGAAGGAGCGCUCGUCUUCUACGCCACGUCCUUGGGAUAUCGAAACAUGGCUGGUUGAUGAGCCCUGGGAGCAAGUCCCACCACUGCAAGGAACCAAAGUUUGAGUGUGGCUCAGGUCAGGGUCUUCUACAGAACCACAUCCACCUUGAAAAAGAAAACAAGAGACAUUAAAGAUAUCUGAACAGACAAGUCCAGGGCUGGCAUUUCAGAGGGAGUGCUUCAUUGUUGGAUGUGUCUCUUUUCAGGAAACAGAGUAUGGAGUGAAGAAUAUUGAGUCAUAAGACUGGGACUCCUGUUUGCUUUAGUGUUGGAACUCUUGGAAAUGCAAUAAAUCUUUCAGUUACAUGUGCCAGCACACUCGAUCUGGCCCAGAUUUAGUGAAGAAGGCGGCCUGCUCAAGAAAUCUCCGAAAUCUUGAAGAGCGGUUUCCUACAGAGUUCAGCUGCAAUGCGCGCUAAGACAGCACUUGGAUAGAUUUUACGGACUAUCAAGCUUGCUAUCCAUAAGGAUUACAGACUGCCUUUUUAAAGUUUUUUAUAUUUGAAUUGCUGGUUUAUAUAACUUCUUGAUGUGAACACUGUGUUUCUGAGAACAAUUUUGCAAGAAAGGCUAGCUUUGCCUUGAGUUUCUCUGGGCGUUUCUCCUGUUUGAUGCGCUGAUUGUUCAUUGUGCACUUGUAAAGAACGACCUCACGCGCCUUGUGUCAUCAUGUCAACCAACAGCAGUUCGUGCACACCACCUGGUAAUGGACAUGUAAAUGGCUAUCCAGUGCCCCAUUAUCCAUUCUUCUUCCCACCGGUCCUCGGGGGCCUUUCACCACCAUCUAUAAAUGGAUUGCAGCACCAGCUUCCAGUCAGUGGCUACAGUACUCCUUCACCUGCAACCAUAGAAACACAGAGUACCAGCUCAGAGGAGAUUGUGCCCAGUCCACCUUCUCCACCUCCUCCUCCACGUGUAUACAAACCCUGCUUUGUCUGCCAAGACAAGUCAUCAGGUUACCACUAUGGAGUCAGCGCUUGUGAAGGAUGCAAGGGUUUUUUCAGAAGAAGCAUCCAAAAGAACAUGGUAUACACUUGCCACAGAGAUAAGAACUGCAUCAUCAACAAAGUCACCCGCAAUCGGUGUCAGUACUGCCGUCUGCAGAAGUGCCUGGAAGUUGGCAUGUCCAAGGAAUCUGUGCGAAACGACAGGAACAAGAAGAAGAAGGAGGCUCCCAAGCAGGAGUGCUCAGAAAGCUAUACAAUCACACCCGAGACUGAGGAUUUAAUUGAGAAAGUCCGCAAAGCCCAUCAGGAAACCUUCCCAGCACUGUGUCAGCUUGGAAAAUACACUACUAAUAACAGCGCUGAACAGCGAGUAACAUUAGACAUUGAUCUCUGGGACAAAUUUAGCGAACUCUCAACUAAAUGCAUUAUCAAGACAGUUGAGUUUGCCAAACAUCUUCCUGGAUUUACCACUCUUACCAUCGCUGACCAAAUUACCCUCCUCAAAGCUGCCUGCCUAGACAUCUUGAUUCUGCGAAUCUGCACCAGGUACACACCUGAUCAGGAUACCAUGACUUUUUCGGAUGGCCUUACCUUGAACAGGACACAGAUGCAUAAUGCAGGCUUUGGUCCCCUUACUGAUCUGGUUUUUGCAUUUGCCAAUCAAUUACUGCCGCUGGAGAUGGAUGAUGCAGAGACUGGGCUUCUUAGUGCUAUCUGCCUCAUUUGUGGAGAUCGGCAGGAUCUGGAAGAGCCUGAGAAAGUGGAUAAGCUACAGGAACCAUUGUUGGAAGCUCUGAAGGUUUACGUGAGGAAGAGGCGGCCAAACAAGCCACACAUGUUCCCCAAAAUGUUGAUGAAGAUCACAGAUCUGCGCAGCAUCAGUGCCAAAGGAGCCGAGCGGGUUAUUACCCUCAAAAUGGAGAUUCCCGGGUCCAUGCCUCCGCUCAUUCAGGAAAUGCUGGAGAAUUCCGACGGCAUCGAUCCGUCGUCCUCGCCUUGCAGCAAGAGUGGUGCAGCCCGGCCAUGCAGCAGCCCCAGUCUGUCCCCAAGCUCUGCCAGCAGCAGCCCCAACACCCAGUCACCGUAGCUUCCCGAGAACACCAAGGAACAAGUGGGUUGGACUUUCGCUCACCUGGACGUUUGAAGUGUUUUUAAAAGAUGAAGUGUUCACAGGAGAACCACAGUAUUGUUUGCCACAUACUCUGCAGCUUGUGAAAGGCAGUUGCGACUGGGUUGGAACUUGUACCUUGUACUAAGCCACGCUAGAGUUCAAGUCCUUAACUAUGAUGGACAUCGAAUUCAGGGCUGUGCUGACCAGCAGAUAUGAAAUGUGCACACACAUAACACACCCCCAUAGCACACCCACGCACACACCUACACCCACCCCCCCCACACACACACACACACUCUCUCUCUCUCUCUCUCUCUCUCUCACGCGCACACACUCACGAGCACACUCUCGCGCGCACACUCUCGCUUGCGUGCACACUUGCUCGCGCAACUUGCGCGCACACUCUCUUGCACGCACACACUCGCUUGCGCACACACAGCACACAUAUGUAUAUACAGUACAUACAUAUCACAUAUAAGCACGUACAGGCAUGUACGCAUGCCUCGCACACACAAACAUUCAGAAAUAUAUCCACCCUCCAAUAUAGGAAUUAGCAGUUCUUAAAUCAGACUGCACGCCCGUUUGCAAGCCUUCAGCUUCUGGAUUUAGAACAUGCUUUGAUUUACUGCUAGGAGAGAACUAUGAAGACCAUUUUGUGUUUUUUUUAAAUAUUUUUUCUCUCCUUUUGUUUAUCUAUCAUAAUCUCAUAUAAUACUAGUUGAUAGACUGGAUCACCAGCGCAAAUUCCAGUAGUAUCCCAAAAAAAAUGAAGAAUUUGAACAAAGAAAAGUUUAUAUGAAUGAAACAUUUAAUGGAUUAUUUUUGUUGAACUGUUUAAAUUGGAUUUACCAGAGGAAGAAACAAAGCUAUGAUCAUGUCAUUACGUUUUUGAAAUGAGUUCCAUACGAACUGGAAGAUAAAGAAGAUAGCUAGGUUACACUAGGGAUGUCUGUAAAUAUGCUGUUCAGUUUAAUGUACUCACAAGAAGUUCUUUUAUGCGUUUGUUGGUGGGAUGUUCAUUUUAAGCACAUUUAUUCUGAGAGAAGGCAUGGUUCUGAAGUACUGUGUAGGUCCCAAAUAUCCCACCCAGGACAUUGCUUGAUAAGGGAGUUGUGAAAAUAUGUAUGUGGGAUCAUACUUGUUGUGAUCGGGUGGCGCUGCCCUGCCUGCCAUCUGAGAGGGUCACAAUCCCAGGUCAGGCUUGCUGACUGAUAAGGAUCCCUUAUCUUUGGGUUUUAAUUGGCUGGAUGACGAGGUUGUGUGCCAACCUGGACUAUAAUUGUCCUUCAUGAACUCUGUCAGUGGGAGGGAAGAGUAUGUUUUUUUUUAAAACAAACCUUUUAAAGUCUUCACUGAAGCAAUGAUCUCCCUCAUGUCUACCAACCUAAGAAGCUAUCAGUGGAUUAAUUUAACUGCAGCUUGCACAAGAGGGGUCAGUCACGUCCAGAGGCAAAAGAAAAAGGGUUUGAGCUUCUCAGGAUUUGACCGUGAACAUGGACCUGCACAGUGCUCAGGACGUUCCGAUUGUUCAUUCAAGGGAAUGACUAGUCGCCUUUCGACCUCAGCUGGUUCGACUCUCAGUUAUCUUGUUAUAGUUAAGCUUUAAACUGCGUUGGCGUUUUUUGAUAAUAUUGAGACUGCCGAGUUUGAAGUCUCACACAGUUUUCAGAGUGAAACAGGCGUAACUGGGUUUGUGCACUGCCACAGGCUGGGCUCAGCACCACUCCGCUAAGCUCUAAUCCUUCACCCUCCCUGCAAAUCUGAACUAAGGUCAGGCAAGCUGCUUUUCCAAGAAGGCACAGUUGAUCUGGAUUCCUUGAUAUCUAUUUAGGAGGGUGUGGGCUUUGCACAAUGAAGUUAGCAUUUAUUGACCACCACUAGAUUGAUAUGUUCACAUCUGGAAUUGUUGGGAGCAGUUUAAUACAGCUAACUGGCCGUAGAGAGAUGCAGCAUGGAAACAGGCCCUUCAGCCUAUUAAGUCUGCCCUGGCUGUCAACAACCCACUUACCCUAUAGUUAUAUCAUUCCCAUUUUUUUGCCUUGUUUUCCUUUGUACUCUAUGGGCAAGUUGCUGUGGGCAAUUAACCUCUUGACCAGCAUGUCUUUGGGAUGUGGUAGGAAACCAGAGUGCCCAGACAAACCCCACCUGCACACAGACUCCUCACAGCCAGCACCAGAAUCAGGGUCAAACUUGGGUCUCCGGCAUCAUGAGGCAGCGGCUCGGCUAGUUUCUCCACUAUGCUACCCACUAGCUCAGAGAGCAGUUGCUGUUGGAUUAGAAUCACAGAGCAGGCAAGGCUGAUGGCUUUGCUUCCCUAGAGGACCUGAGUGAGCUUACUCGAGCCAGGCCACAGUGCCCUUCAUUGGCACCAAUGUUUAUGUCCAUUCUUUUACACGAAUCGAACUCACAUUCCCUGAUGAAUCCGGUAACAUGACUUUUUCCCAAGGCUCGUGUCUGUCUGGUGUCAGAAUGGAUGCAGCUCAAAAAACACCCCUCUCAAAUUAUCAAAACAGUUCAGGCAAGGCUUUAAGCAAGCGUGACAUUGAAGGGGAAGGACAAACUGAAACUAUUUUCAAUCGAUCCAGGUUCCUGUUAAAGAAGAUUGGACCCAGUGCUGGGGGGUGGGGGCUGUUAUUGAUAGGUUUUAUAAUAUCAGCUUUGAAGGAAUGAUUUUGACCUUCAACCCUUCAUCAAAAUUAGAAAUCCACUCGCAGGUCCAAGUCUGCUUUGCCACCGGCGGUCUUUUAUUCUGCGUUUGUUGGGGCCGAAGAUGAUGGGAUUUUUCGGUUGUUGACUGAAUGUAAAUUACUUUGACAAGGUGAAAAACUAGGAGGGUGAGGAACUGAGGUUUUCAGUUCAGUUGUGAAGGUUAAACAUUGCCUACUGAGCUGUCAGGAUGCACUGUUUGGGUUGAGAUUUAGAUGAACCUCCAUCUUUAAAAUGAUAAAAGAAUCUUGUGCUUGAUAUGGAAGAAGAGGGCAGCACCUGCCAGGCACAGAAACACUUUGACUUGAUCUCCUGGCACCGGAAGAGAAGCUCUUUCACCAGAGCAGCUGACCCAACCUGUUUAGCCAGCUAUCUCCCCAGUGCUAAUUUUUCCCCAGAGCUAGCCUGCAUACCAUCAACUUUCACCAGUUUAUAAAUGGUGAAGAUCUGAAGAUGGACAGGGUUCUGAGGCAGAGCCUGAAGAUUGCACAAGGCCUUGGUCUCAUCACUGGGCACAGCAGCUCCACAUCAUAGGCUUGGAAGCCUGCCUGGGGCCUAGAUUCUUGUCAGAUUCCUGGUUCCCUGCGCAGACGUCAGUCAACCUCCGUUGCCUGUCUGUCCCCAAGAGGUCCAGAUUUCCUUUGCAAUCCUCAGGCCAGUAAUCUUUUGGGGGCUACCACCGCAAGUGGAUUAAUUUAUGUGAAUUCGAUGCUUUCCCCUGCAGCAUUGGUCUCUCAGCGGCCCUUAAUCACCAGCAGCAUGCAAUUUGGAAGCCCAGUGUCUGUGCAAUUGGCAGAAUUCCUGAAAAUCUCCAACUUAGAUCUUUUGUCCAUAAACAGACCCCGAAAAUUCAGCUCACUCAUUCCUCAUACAUGCAUCAAACAAUACCAGCACACUGCUGCUGUGAUACAACCUGGUGCAAAUUCAGAGGUUCACCUAGAUUGGUAAAAGAAUGUUACACAAUACAGCCGACCUUACAUGAGACAGAUUGGAGACAAAUGUUUGGACAAUCUCAUUUGGGGGUCCCAGUGAAGGCACCUUAAAAGCUACCUAUGAUUGAUGCCAUUUCUGCAGUUUACAUAUUCUAUAAUCUCUGAAAAUGCAGCAGAAGCCCAGCAAAUACUGGCCGUUGAGCCUUCCAGUUCUGUACCUCGUCUGGGAAGCUAGCCUCCAGGUGGUGCAGAGAUAAUUCUUUCGCAGUUUAAAAGUCUGAGCAGAUUUUUAAAGCAAAUUCUCCCCCUCAUUGCGCCAGUUUUCAUUUAAGGAGAAUUUGCAGCAAAUUAUAAUUUUUUAUAUAUAUAUAUAGUAUUUAUUUGAAUUUUAGCUGUCAAUUUGACUGAUGCAGUCCUUACGCCUAUUGCCGAAAAUGCUGUGUAAAUACAUGGCCACAAGAACGAGCAGAUGCUGCCACUUGCUGGUCAUUGUUAUUACUGCAGAUUAAUUUUCAGUGCGUGGCUGGGUGACCAAACGCCUAAAACUGCUCCAUACAGGCACACCGGGAAGUAGUAUCUUGCUCUUUUUUUUUGAAGUGCAUAAGAGGAGAAAGACUUGUAUUCCUGUUUGUGAUCCAGAGCUGAUAGGGCACAAGUGUUUGGGUCGUUGUGAGUUAUAGGUCGUGAUGAAUUUUUUUCCCCUCCCUGGGUGCAGUGUAUUUACCCCUUAUUCACAGAUGUAUCUUACUGCUCUAUUUUGUGAGUGAACUUCUCCUGGCACGCCCCUCUCCCACCUUCCUCCCAGCCCAGUGACAGCACAUCCCUGUCUCUGUAAGUGGCAACGUGGAUGAAUUCAGUGUCCUAUUUUACACAAUUCUUUUCUAUUGUGAAACAGCCACAAAUGAUAAGGUACAGUUAUACAUUUUGUUAAGUCAAUAACCUGACACUUCCACUGUUAAUGAGUUCUUGUUCUGUUCAUGGAUGUGUUAGUGUACUGGGUCAGACUGUACAGUAAGACUUCCUGUAACAAGGCUUUCUCUGUGCAGAUGUUACUGUUAAACUUUUCAUGAAGUCUACUGGCAAAAGAAUAAAGUUAUAUUUAUUCUACAAUUAUGUAUAAUCUUUUCUGAAAUGGUAAUUACAGUUUUCUUGCAAUAACAUGUCUUUCCCACCACAGAAUCGCCAAGAAUUACAAGACCAUGAGACAUAGGAGCAGAGUUAGGCCAUUUGGCCCAUCGAGGCUGCAUCAACACUUCAUCAUGGCUGAUCCAUUUUUCCGCUCAGCCCCAAUUUCCUGCCUCCCCCCCCCCAUAUCCCUUCAUGCCCUGACCAGUCAAUAAUCAAUCAACCUCUGCUUUAAAUAUACAUAAAGACUUGGCCUCCACAGCUGCCUGUAGUAACAAAUUCCACAGAUUCACCACUCUGACUAAAAAAAAUUUCUCCUCUCCAUUCUAAAAGGACACCCCUCUAUUCUGAGGCUGUGUCCUCUGGUCUUAGACUCUCGCCACAUCC